UGCUUUGCAAGAGACAUGACGUCAUCAAUGACGUUGUGUUGCGGUCAUCAGACAGGGAGCAUAUAUAAAUAUCCUUUGCGUCUUGACAUCGCAGCAAAACCUCUAGUCUUCGUCUUCGUGACAAAUUCAGAAUUUAAUUGUAAUAAAUUAAAUAAAAAAAUCCGAGAUUCCUUGAUUAGUGGAUUCCGGUCAAGAAUGGCGGAGGAAAUCUCAAAGUCAGCGGGCGAUUCAUCAGCUGCUACGGCGGCUGCCACGAACGCGGCGAAGUCGAAAUGGAAAAUCUUGAGGCCCAAUUCACUCCGGUGGAUUCCGACCUCCACCGAUAAAACCAUCGCCGCCGAGAAGCGUCUUCUCUCCAUCCUCAAGACGCCUUAUGUACAGGAGCAAGUCAACAUUGGUUCAGGACCACCAGGCUCCAAAGUCAGGUGGUUUAGGUCUUCUAGCAAUGAGUCUAGGUACAUCAACACUGUCACCUUUGACGCCAAGGAAGGUUCUCCAACACUUGUCAUGGUUCAUGGUUACGGUGCUUCUCAAGGCUUCUUCUUUCGUAAUUUUGAUGCCCUUGCGAGUCGGUUUAGGGUCAUCGCUAUUGAUCAACUUGGGUGGGGUGGAUCAAGUAGGCCUGAUUUUACGUGUAAAAGCACAGAAGAGACAGAGGCAUGGUUUAUAGACUCAUUUGAGGAAUGGCGUAAAUCCAAGAAUCUCAGCAACUUUAUUCUAUUAGGACACUCUUUUGGUGGUUAUGUUGCUGCUAAGUACGCGCUUAAGCAUCCUGAGCAUGUUCAACACUUGGUUCUGGUGGGGUCUGCUGGGUUUACUGCAGAGUCAGAUCCCAAGUCAGAGUGGCUCACUAAGUUCAGAGCUACGUGGAAAGGCGCAGUCCUGAAUCAUUUAUGGGAGUCUAAUUUCACUCCUCAGAAGCUGGUUAGAGGAUUAGGUCCUUGGGGUCCAGGUCUUGUGAACCGGUAUACAAGUGCAAGAUUUGGUGCACAUUCUGAGGGAACUGAGCUAACAGAUGAGGAAUCCAUAUUGCUUACCGAUUAUGUGUAUCAUACUUUGGCUGCAAAGGCUAGUGGAGAGCUGUGCUUGAAAUACAUCUUCUCCUUUGGAGCAUUUGCUCGGAAGCCCCUCUUACAAAGCGCAUCAGAGUGGAAAGUGCCAACUACUUUUAUAUAUGGAAUGAAUGAUUGGAUGAACUAUCAAGGCGCAGUGGAAGCGAGGAAACACAUGAAGGUCCCUUGCGAAAUCAUUCGUGUUCCACAGGGUGGCCAUUUUGUGUUCAUAGACAACCCAUCUGGUUUUCAUUCGGCAGUGCUUUAUGCUUGCCGUAAGCAUUUAUCUCAAGACCAAGACUCCUCUCAUCAAGAACAACUCCCAGAUGGUUUGCGAUUGGUUUAGUCGUGUCCAAUGUUGUUCUUUUACAUUUCAACUUCAUUAUAUCUAGAAAAGAAUAUAAGAGAACAUCAAAAGAGAAAGACGGAAUCAUCUUUUAUUUAUUCUUUUCCAUUUUGGUUGUGUAAUUGUGUUUGAAGUCUCAAGAGUUCCAAAUGUUAUCUCAUAAUUAAAGUAUCAUAUUGUACUCUUUAAAUAUUUGUUUGUUUAAUCUAGUUUCUUAUACU